AUGUCACCGCCGUCUAACGUCAACCCCCGUGUCUAUCGAUUCAGCACGGAGCGUCUGGCCGCCGACGCCGGACUCAGAACGCCGCCCCGACUAUCGUACGGGCUACCGAUCGUGCUGCCCGAGGACACUCGCGUUCGCAGUCACCGCGUCGUGGUCUUCGCCGGUCGACAGUACAUAGAAUGGUCGCCCAAUCACGACUCUGUGUCCUACAAUCCCGGAAUUCGCAGUCUCUCAGACCCUCUGACGUGGCCUUUGCCCUCCAGCCAGCGUACGCUGCGCCACGUGGAUGGCGCUCUGGGAAGGUUCGACUACUCGCGCUUUCCGCAGUUCGGGGAGCGUGAUAUAUGGAGUGCCGCCAUGCUGACUGCUAGCGAGGAUGAUGCCGCUCCCAUUGUGGAGCUACUCCCUGUCUUUCAGACUUGGAGCUGUGAAGCCAGCGCCGACCACGGGCAAUUUAGCCCCGCGGUGCUAAACGAACUACGUACUCGACGUGCUCUCUUUGAGCAACGUACCGCUGCUGCGACGCAGCAACUCGAGACUGCCCAGUAUAGCCGAAUAGUACAGAAGCUGCGCACUACCAGGCCGCGCUACGCCAACACUCCCUCCAUCGACGACUUGGAGCGAUGCUCAACCUUCGAGGACGCCGUCGACCUGGGCAUGACUUACUCGCGUGUCUCUCUCGCCCUGGAGGCUUACGCGGCGAUGGGCAGCGAAGCCGCGGCCGACACGCAUGCCUGCGACACCAUGAUCGCGUCGUGUCCGGUCGCCCGAAAGAACGAGAACCGUCAAGGCCGCUGGCUGCACGGCCUGACUCAGGAGAUAGCCGCGUACCUGCUGCGCAACCAGUACCCGGCUUACCUUGUGCACCCGUCGGCGUUCGUCGACUUCGUCGAAGGGGUAGAUGUGAACUGGCUGGGCAUGAAUGCUCGUCAGGCGGACUGGUCGGCCGAGUGGAUGUCGUUCACCGAGAGGCUGUCCAUAGCAACGACCGCGCCGGAUACAAUCUCGAAUACGUUUACGCCGAUUAUCGAACAUACCUGGCUGAUGGACAAUGCGGACCCUGCCAGCUACGGGUGGGCCCUCCCGGGUGAAGAACUUACACCGAGACGGACUCCAAGCAACGCGCCCAUGCCAGAAGACUUGCCCGGUGGACGGCGCAAUCGCGCAGCCGCCGUGAACGCCACCGCGCCGCAUAUGGAAGCGUCUGACGUCGCCGGCCCCAGUCAACUACCAGCAGAGAUGCCGCCUCCGGGCUAUUCGACAGUACCGCAAGGACAAGCAGCUGAUAUGUCGGAAGACGAAGAAGGAGUUCGAUACGAGCAGCCCCCGAGCGAUGUGCAGCCGGUCGGACAGACAUUCGUCACAAUCGACCCACAUCGAGUCGACCAUAUCCAGCCGCCCGCCGUCCAGGCAUUGGCAAAGAAAGGACCAUUCCAAACAAAUGGGUUAAUGCGCUAUGUGCUGAUGGAAGUGAACAUUCGAGGUCAGACGCGGCUGGUCGCCCGUCACGUCGGCUCCAAGCGCUCAGCAGCCAAAACUGGCUAUCCGUUCGAGGACCGCGAGAACAGGAGAGCCAUCGUAUUUCCGCACCCGCCUCAUUUGAACUGGCCUGGCGUCGUCGACGGAGAGAGGUUUGGGUUCCCGGCGCCGAACGUGCUCUAUUACGGUCUAGCAGGCAAUAGCGGACGGGCGCACGUGCGCUCGCCAUCUCGAUGGAUGUAUCCGAUGGAGGGUAGUGGAGUGCGUCGUGUGCAUGUGCGGGAAGGGACCACGCCGCCACGUCCCGGCCCAGAGCAGUUGCCGCCGCGGUCCGCGGUGUCCAGGAACAUCUUUGCGAUGAGUCCUCUGGAUGCCCGGGCUAGCGACUACUGGAACGAGCAGUACGCCAAUCCAGAGGAGUUCAACGGACCUUCAGUAAUCGAUGAGGAUACGGAUGCCGAGGACGAGGAGCCUCUACCUCUCUAUCCAGGAGGUUCAGCUACACAGGCAGGUGAUCAUGCGAUGGACACGUCCGACGAUUUUCCAUCGGGAGCGCCGUCAGUAGGCCCGGCCGCGCCAACAUCGGCACCUACACCUUUGUCCCCGCCUCGUUCGACUACCAACACCGACCCGCUCCCAUCACCAUCUCGCGCGCGCGCAGGUCCUGCGCCCUCACCCAGCGGCAGUCGCGACAAGGGCAAAGGGAGGGAAGACGCCAUGGACACGACACCCGACGGCGCGCAGACUGGGCGCUCGUCAAUGGUCCCGGCGGAUAGCCCUUACAUCGUGCGUGGCCGUUAUAGUGCAGACUUCGUCCAGCGGAAUGGUCGCGCGCUCAAGGGAGGCUCGGCCUUGAUGGGGUACUCACCGCGUGGCGACGCGCCGGCGCUAGGCUCUCCUUUGUUGCCGCACACUAUGGUCGUCCGUGGCCUUCACCGCUGGGUCAGCGCCGCCGACCUGGAAUACGCGAUUAGGGCCCUCAUGGAUGCCGUGGGCGAGCGCGGGCUGGGACUCCUUCGCGCCUUGUCGGCAGGCACAGGCGAACCUGACCGGACAGGUCAACGCCCGACUUUUGACGUCUACUUCACCUUCGACACCGUGCGCGACGCGUUUCUAGCCAUGGAAUAUGCGGGCUACCCCUGGGUUUUCCCGACGACGGGUGGGCGUCGCAAUAUAAAAUCGAACAGUCGCUUCUAUGCCUUCCAUCUGUAUCUCGUCGGGGAAGAGGACGUGGCGGUCGCGUCGUCGAGCGACGAUGUGUUGCGGUACCCUUGGUUUACGCUUUACCGCGAGUCAACAGACUUCGCAAGGGAGUGGGAUAGGCAGGCGCUCACCGCGCAGCCCAGUUAUCGGCCACCAACUCCUCGCUAUCGUGCACCGCGCCCGCAGCCACCAACUAGCGCAGCGCGUGGCGCCACCCCGCCCCCGCCAUCAUCCUAUCCGUCCACCGAGCCCGGCACGUCGUCGUCUUCGUCUUCGUCUGUCUCUGCGUCGAGCACGCUGUCGCAGUUGGAGACCCGCAUCGACUUCGUGUCCAGGACCGUGACCAUCAGCUUGAGCGAGCUGCCGCGUCUGUCGCAGAUGGGGGUCGACGUGUCAGGUGUCGAAGUACGCUUGGACAUGAGCGAGGGCACCGCGACGCUGCCACUAGACACCAUGGUCCGCAUACUCAUGCCACGCGCGCCCUGGCUGGCGUCUUCCCCGCGCAAGUCCUUAGCGGAUCGGCUGACCGACCCGUCGGAGCCGGGGCGCGACGGAGAGGCGGCCACGGAGAGGCGCAAGCGCCGCCGCCGCCGAGGGUACACGCCGCCGAGCACCCUGCCUGGUCCUUCGCGUCGUCGUUCUCCGUCGCCGCCACCGCCGCUGGCCGCGCUGUCCGUACCCUCGUCAAGACUGUGGACGUGGAAGCAAGCCACAACUUUUGUUGACCUAUGCCGGCGCUUAUCUGUGCAGACCUUGGGCGGGCCUCACGACCUUCCGCCUAAUGCGAUAUCGUUCCUAGCCGCUGUAUUGGAUGAAGACGAGGAAACUGUGCGGCAAUGCUGGGCGGCAAUAUGCGAUAUUUUACCCGAACUUGACACAGCAGACCUUGACGAACAAGAUAUGCUAUUCCGUGUGCACGGACCUGACUUCAUGGUUGCCGCAGAAACCCUCAAUCCUCCGUACAUCACUUGUCAGUCCGAUGAAUGCCAUGGAAAGCGCCUGAUCGCCAAACAUGGUCCCGUGAGGGUCAGGAUAUUCACCCUCCGCCGCGGGGUGCUCCCUGCGUUCGAGCAGGCGUGUGAUACCCUUUAUCACCACAACUACAGCGUCCACCGCCCUGGCGACCCUCGGUCUCAACGCCUGUAUUAUGGCGGAAUUCCUAAGUGGAUUUCGGCGCAAAAAACUGUCGUUUUCGAAAGGGAUCUUAUCCUGCAUUUUGAAGCUCAGAUGGUGCAUCAGAGGGCAUCGGCUGACGGUAUCGCCGAGACGUAUAACGCAGCUUUGGGUGGGUGCCAGGCCAUCAAUCGGACGACAUUGGAGGAGACGUUGCAGGGCCCCCACGUAUACUAUGCCUUCUUUCUACAUGCCCUCCUCCGCGACAAGAACAGACAAGGGGAGAUACUAUCGCUACCCCAUGCCGGUAAUCAGGCGGAUCGCCUGACUCAAGCGCUGUACGACAGGAAUGUGCGAUUUCAAGGCACAGGAUACGUCCGCGUCGUAGUUUGCGAUGGUGUCGUGAUGGGACACCCCUGCUGCUCAUACGGCGACGUUUGCAGGAAUCCAUUGGAGAAUCCACGAAAGCGGUUCUGUGUCGAGCAUCGUCACAAAGAAACGCUCUGCUUUAUGGCUCGCUGCUCUCUGCCUAGACGCCCUUCGCAUCUGUCUUGUGAACUGACGGAGCACAAGGCAGAGGAGGAGAAGGUAGUGCGGGAUACCAAGCAUUCACUGGAGAAUCUGAGGCGCCGCGGCCUGCACUCUGCGGCCAGUCGAGUCAUGGGUGGAGAAGUCAUUGACAGUACGCCAGAGGAGCUCCCUGAGGUCCGACGCGACCGCCGCCGACGCGAGGAAUUUAUCACGCGGCGCAGAUGGACCAAAUACGAAUUUGUGACCAUUUUCCCCUGCGGUGUGAUAGCGAGCCGCGCUACCAUGUUUCGAGCAGAGGCCGAGACGGGGGUUGAGGUGCCUUUCCCGCCUUUCCACACCAUGAUCCUUCUGACCUUAUCUUUCCAGCAAAUCCUUCGCGGCACUUUCCCCCCAAAAUACCCAGGCGGAAAGCCGUCUUACAUCUUCUACGAUCGUAAUUGCAAACUACGUCGAUUCCUGGAAAACAAGGGCGACACGUAUUUCCUUGGUGACGUUGGCCUUGUCGUCGAUGUCUUCCAUCUCCAGCACGCGCACAGCCGAAGCGACAAUUAUUGUGGGCUGCACUGCAACCCCGCUAACUAUCCAGAGCUCAUUUCCGACGAAGGUGAUGCCUGGCGCUUCAACAGUGAAGUUUGCGAGAUCAACUUCAUGUGGUACGGGUCCUAUGCUGCUAUCGUGCGGGACAUGUCGUCGUACCGGUACAACUUCUACCUCGACGAGAUGGUUAUGUUACACAACGAGAAGGUUGUUGAGAAGUUGACGCGCGAGGGGCAGCGCCCUCAUAUUAUCCCUGAGGAUGCUCUGCGCCAUAUUGCUGUACCCGCCUCUGACUAA